GAUCUCUGGCCGGAUUUGGGUGGAGUGAACUUGGACAACCACUGGACUUUAGCUUUUUUUUAAUUAGCUUUUCAGCUCUUUAGCAGCUUUACCAAAGACUGUGUACAGUUUCUGUGAGAAAACCCAGUUUUAUAUAUUUAUUAACAGAGUGUGUUUAGUUCAGAGAGACCCUCACCCAUGCCGCAGCAGCAGUGUGUCAGACAGACAUGGGGGAUGUGAGUGAAGCGUCUCUGCUGGAUUACAUCUACCGCUCUGGAGGGAAAGUCAGGAAUUCAGAGCUCUUAAAGACUUAUAAGCAGUUUAUUAGCCACAGUGAUCUGCAGCUGCGGGCCAAAUACAGGGAGGAGUUCAAGCUCAUCAUCGACAGGAUAGCAGUGUGCAAAUCCGAGAAUGGGGAGAAGUAUCUGAUCCUGAAGAAGAAGUACAGGCAGUUGAUGCAGGAGCGCGAGUGUGAAGCAGGAGCUCGAGAAAACCCAGAGAUCAAGAGUAUUAGCAGUAUUAGCAGCUCUCACACAGAGCUCCAGAGCUCAGCUUUGGAACAGCAGCAGAAUCUCAGUCUGAUGGAGGUAGAAGAGAGGAGGAAGCCAGCUCAGGUCUCGUGGUGUGGUCCCACCAUUACAGUCACUGAAGCCAAAGAGAAGGAGCAUAUAGAAGAUAAACAAGUGACUGACAGCUGCCCCUCACUUUCGGCCCCCGUGGAGAUCCGGGACCCCCUGCCAGAGGAGCAUCCUGAACCCACAGAUGGAGAGGAUGAUCUGGACAAGGACUCAGGGUCAAAGUCUGAAUCAGAGCAGGAUGAAGAAUGUACGGGUAGUGUUGGCUCUAAUUCCGUGGCUCUGGAUCCUUUAGAGAAGGAGUGGAUCUAUUCUGCAGCCUGCGGCAGACUGUCCCACCUCACCCAGCUGCUCAAGCAGGACGCCUCCCUCGCCAACAAAAAAGAUUUUACCUCAGGCUGGACGGCUCUCCAUUGGGCGGCUAAGCAUGGAAAAGAAGACAUGGCGGUUGCCAUGGUUGACGCUGGAGCUGAUGUCAACACCAAAGCUGGAUACACACCUUUACAUAUUGCUGCACUUCACGGCCACCGCCAUAUAAUUGAUAUACUCAUCACAACGUACGGAGCGAAGGAGAAUCUGCGAGACUACAGCGGACACUUACCGUCUCAUUACCUGAACAUACAAAAGACGACGGCGGAGGAGAGCAGUGAGAUCACUCCAGGGUAUCACAGCCCGGCGCAGGUGAGCGAGCGACGGAACAGGAAGAUAACGUCUCUCUUUCAGUCCCGGAAAAAGUGGGGAUCUGCAGAAGACCUGGCGCCCGUCCCGGAGGAGAGGACAGCGCCCCAUCAGCUCAUGAUCCCUGCCUUCAGACCCAGGAAGUUCUCCCGCUGAACCGCCAUCAUAACUGGUACUUAUUAGAUCAGUUUGUUUGGGACAGUAUUAAAAAACAGAGAUUGAAGUGCAGAAUUUUAUUGUUUUUUCAUUGUUAUUUCAUAUUUUAGUUUCUUUUAAGAAGCUCAUACUGGAGGUUUGUUACGAUCUUGUUCUGUGUUCAGUUAUAAACCUCAGAUUAGACAUUAGUCUAAUGUAUCACAUUUACAAUACAUUAAGCUGUUAUAUUUAUUAUGUGGCAAAUAUUAAUACAUAAUUGGAUAACUUUCAUGUGAAAAUCACUUUUACACUAUUUGGACAAAAGUAUUUUAUUCAUUGUUUAACACUGAGUUUUUACUGUCAUUCAAUUUGUGUGCAGUUACAUUCCUCCAAAACCAUUGAGCAACAUAGAACAAAACCAAUUGUUAUUAUUUUACUCUUUAUUAUUUUAUAUUAUUGCAAGGCAUUAGGCAUGGCACCAGUAGGUUUAUGUGUCUCUGCUAAAGGGAGUCCUAUUCUAUUGGCAAUACAUUGACUAGACAAGCUAGGCAAGCUGUGUGCAUGUGCACAGCUGUAUCAGCAAUAGGGCAGCUGGGCAAUAUGAACCAUAUUUUAUCGGAUCGCGAUACAUUUUUCUAUUGAAUUGACAAUACUAGUGCAUCUCAAACAUUUUGCCUAUCAUUAAAAAGUUACUUUAUUUUGGUAAUUCAGUUAAAAAUGAGAAACUCAUAUAUUAUAAAGAUGUAUUACACACAGAGUGAUCUAUUUUAAGCAUUUAUUUAUUUUAUUGUUGAUAAUUAUGGCUUACAGCCAAUUAAAAAAUUGCACUGACAUUGGACUUGAUAAUAGAACACAGUGGAUCAACACCAGCAGAUGAUGGACAUGUCUCUCCAAACAAACCAUCACUGAUUGGUGGAAACCUUACACUAGACCUUCGAGCAGUUUGGACUGUGUGUUUCUCCACUCUUCCUCCAGACUCUGCUCCUUUAAUUUCCAAAUAAAAUGUAAAAUUUACUGAUGAUAUUCUAUUUUCUUGAGAUGCACUAGUAUGCUUUAAUAAGCAUAUUGAAGAUAUCAUCAGUUCUUAAAGAAUACUCCCCCAACUGUACAUUUCAUUGCAGAAAUUGUAAUAAAUCCAGUUAAAUUGGAUGAUAAAAAUUACUGUAUUCUGCUUAACAGAGUAUUUAAGUAGCAGUAAUCAUAAAAAUGUCUUAAAAUAUUGUGAUAUAAUAUUUUAACCGCAUCACCCAGCUAUGUCACUGUGUGAUUAGAUAUCUACAGUGCUAGUCAAAUGUUUGUACACACUUUAAAUUAAAACUAUGAAGAAAAAAAUACAGAAUUAAUUAGUAAACAAAAAAAGUGUUAAACAAACCAGAAUAUGUUUUAUAUUUUAGAUUAUUCAGAAAAAACGCAAGUUAGCAGCACCCCAGAUAAGAGAACCUAAAUGCUUCUUCACAGAGUAUUAUGGGUUGUUUAACACUUUUAAGUUACUACAUGAUUCCUUAUGUGUUCCUUCAUAGUCUGGAUCAUCUCACUAUUCAUUUACAAUGUAGGAAAAAAAAAAUCAAAAGAUCAUAUUGUAAUAUUAAUUUUUGGCCAUAUAAUCCAGCACAAGUUGUGGGUUUGAUACCCAAGUUAGGAAAAAGUAAAACAUAAAACCUGCCCUCACUGCUCCCCGGCUGCAGUAGGGAUGGAACCAAAGAACCAAACCUUAUUUACAGGUUAUUUAACAUCUGAUAUAAUAUCACAACCUAAAAUCACCAAAAAAUAUAAGAAUAUAUAAAAUGUUACCAUUCUGGUUAUUAUAUCAGCCUUAUAUUUAUGCUUUAUUCUUUUAUAUCAUUGAAACAGAAACACAUGUGAAAAAAAAAGCACACUUUUCAUUAGUCUUACUUAUUUUUUCAUUGUUAAAUAUACCUAUAUUUAUAUCUCUUUUCCUUGUUAUUUUCUAUUCUUUCCUCUACAUACAGUUUCGACCGUAUUUCUUGUUUAAUCAGUUAAUAUGAGAAACUCAUAUGAGCUUCAGAGUUAUAUGAACGGGUAAAAAUGUCAUUAGAGGAAUGUUUACCUUAGUCUCUUAUGUUCUGCUUUCCUGAUGAUGUCACUGAAGGAUGAUCUAAAGGGAAGAAUUGACUGAUAAAGUCGUGCUGCUACAUUCUGCUAUUUUACUCCACCUGGCCUUAUAGUCCCACAUUCAGAAUGGGUCACGUCUAAUGGACGGAUUGUUAAUAAGCUUUACAGUAAUAUGUAUGUGCCUCAUGUUUUAAAUAUAGCUUUAAUACAGUUCUGCAUAUUUCAAUUUCUUAAAAAUAUAAAAAGUGUUUUAUCUGAUAUUUUUAUGCUGACAUGCCAAAAGUCUUGGUCCAGUGCAUCAAUGUCUGGAGUAAAAAUGGUAUUAGGUAGAUACUAGUGCAUCUCAAAAAAAUAGAAUAUCAUUGAAAACUUACCUUAUUUGAGUUAUUUUAUUUAGUUCAAAAUGUGAAACUCAUAUAAUAUAUGUAUGUAUUACACACAGAGUGCUCUAUUUGAAGCAUUUACCGUUGAUAAAUUGGCUUACAACCAAUAAAAAACAAAAAAUCAGUGUCUCAGAAAAUUUGAAUAUUAUAUAAGACCAGUUGGUACUUUUGGCAGUGUGGGCAGUGUGCCAAGUGCUGCUGGAAAAUGAAAUCCGCAUCUCCAUAAAAGUUGUCAGCAGAGGGAAGCAUGAAGUGCUGUAAGAUUUUCUGGGAUAAUAUAACGCAGAGGAUCAACACCAGCAGAUGACACGAUGUCUCUCCAAACCACAUCUCACAUUUUGAACUGAAUUAUUAAAAUAAAGUAACUUUUCAAUGAUAUUCUAUUUUUUUGAGAUGCACUACAUACUACUGCUAUCCCAUGACUUUUGGCAUGCCAGUGUAUAUUAUGCCUAUGAAUAUUAGUAUUAUAAUAUUAUAUUACGUGAAAACUGUAAAGGGAAGACAUUAACUGUUCAUUUGUGCCUUAUGCUGGAAAGUUCUUGUGGAUAUUUGCGUGUUUUCCUGCAUUUUCCUUCCACUGUGGGGAUAAAAAAUGUAUUAAAUCUUUGAUUUUUUUUUUAUCUA